AUGUCGCAAUUGAGAAAGCGAGUUCACCUUUUUAACUGUGAUAAUACGUACAAACUAGAGCCUGUCGAGAAAUUGCUUGACCAAUUGACCAGCAUCCAUGUUGAGAAGCACUCGUUCAGACUCCCCGAAAUGUCUGAAAUGGUAGAAAAAAUUCCAACCUUAGAGAUGGAUAUGGCCUUUUUCGUGGUUCAUGCGCAUGAAUCUCGGCUCUCGAUCAACGAAGACAACGCUGGAAUUGGUUACGCCAAGAUAUACAGAGCUUUACUAAAGGCGACGGGAGGAGAUGUUAUCACCGUCAUCGGGGGAGAUGAUAACUACAAAGACGACAAGGAAGAGAAUCGAGAGGUUAUUUCAAGUUGGGCGAAGAGGAAAGUCUCUUCACAGUUCGGCAGUGAGUAUCUUGAUGGUAGAAAGAGCUUUAUCUUCUCCUGGAACAAACAACAUCGAGCG